GCCCACCUCCUCCACAGCCCCCUCCCACAAAUCCAUGCGUCAUGAGUCUGUCAGAGCCUGGUUGGACUCGAUGUCUGGAGAGCCCUGUGAAGAGGAUGAUGACCCAGAAGCAGAAGCCGGCAGUCCUGACUUUGAGCCAGGCACUGAAAAUAGAUCAAGAGGACAUUCCCUCAGAUGCAGAGGCUGAAGCUCGCUCACAUUGCAUUGAUGAAGUGGUGAUGCUUCCAGUGGAUAAUGGCAAAGCAGAGAUCCAGGGACACGUUUCCAACACUGAGAAAACGUCUGCAAAUCCAAGGGAAUUGAUUGUGGAUGUUGUGCUGUCUCCAAUCCAAAAACCUGCAUUACCCAUUGAAGAGGUAAAAGAAGUUUCUCCUGUAAUACUAGUUAAAUCUCCUGGUGCACGUUUUUUUCCUGAGCCCUAUCUACUUGAUGAUGUCAAACCAAACAUUCCCUUGCCUCUUAGUCCUGAUGCUAAAAGUCCCUAUUCACCUGCUGCUCAAAUUAUUGCGCUGUCACCCAUCUGCUCCCAACCUGUUCCACAACCAGAAACAACGUCUCUUAAAUCUCCUGUACAGCAUGAGCCUUGUGCCUGCUCUCCAACAGGUAAUCCUUUGUCUCCGAUAUGUACUCAGUCACAACCCUGCAACGAGCCACCCUCACCCCUCUCCACAAGCUCCCCUGUCAGGACUCAGCCAGUCCCAGCUAUCACUUCCACUCCUUUGGCUAAACCUGCUUCUGAGAAGAGAACCAAUGAACCCUUGAAAGAUUCAGUGCCUGAGGAAACCCCCGUCAAGAAAACGGACCUCAUUGAGGAGUUCUGGUUGAAGAGUGCAGAGAUCAGAAAGAGUUUAGGACUCUCUCCUCUGGAGCGAAGCAAACCAUCAGUGGAGAAGAGCAUUGUGAAAACUCCAACGCCUGGAUCACCAUCUCCAAAGUCGUUCACCCCAGAGGACUUGUCUGAAGAGCAUAAGCCUUCUUUCACAGGCCGUUCUGUCAUACGCAGGAUCAACAUUACUUUGGAGGGUCAGGUUAUAUCUCCGGUGGAACCUAAGAGUAGUGGUUCUGAAAAGAAGGACUUGAGCAGCAGUUCAGGGUUGGGUCUCAAUGGAAGCGUGACUACAAGUCAGACAGUAGCUAGUGACAGCUACAACAACUCUGAUUCUACCAUGCUUACCCCUCCUUCCAGUCCCCCACCACCUCCACCUAAUGAGGAACCAGCUUCUCUCCAAAACAAAAGGUCCCAGAUGUCCUGGGACAACCUUCUUGAAGCCACAGAGGAGCCUAAACCUGAGACUACACCCCCUAAACCUAAGACUCCAGUUAGUCCUCCUCAACCAAAACCACUUGUGGCUCCAGUUCCAGACCCUGGAACUAACCCACCUGUUGUUAUGAGAGUUAAGGAACCGAAUAAACCACGACGUGAAGAAGUGAGAAAGUCUUUUGUGGAGUGUGUAGAAGAGAUACCAUUUGCUGACGACGUUGAAGAAACAUAUGAUGACCACACUCCGGACACAAGUGUUCUGGAAAGAUUUUACACCCCGCCAACCAGCAAGGUCAAUCGUGAGAAGCCGCCUUUGCACCUGGCACUGGCAAUGGAAAAUGGCAAGCCCAACAUACCUGGUGGAGUUUCCCAGACAGCAAAGGGUCCCCAACGUUUUUCUCCUGAAGCCAAGGAGAUUGCAGAAGAGCGAAUGCGGGCACGGGAAAAGUCUGUGAAGAGCCAAGCUCUGAAGGACGCCAUGUCCAAGCAGCUUACGAAGAUGAAAGAAUCAGAUGCUGCCAAGGGUGCUGUGGCAAAAGUAGCCUGGAAUGUUCCUGAGACAACAGGGAAAAGCAAAAAGCAAUCAAACACACUCAAGGACUCUGCAGUGAAGGCUUUGGAGUCCAAAAAGCAGACAGACACACCACCUGACCGUUUCUUCACCACACCGACCAGUAAGACCUUGGACAGUUCUGUCACAUCUUCAGAAAGCUCAACAGGGGGCAAAAGCAAGAAGCGCAGUUCACUGUUUUCUCCGCGCAAGAACAAAAAAGAAAAGAAAGCCAAAAAUGAAAGGCUCUCUGGCACAGAAGAGACUCCACCCAAACACAAGUCCCUGUGGAAGGCAGUGUUCUCUGGCUACAAGAAGGACAAAAAGAAAAAAGAUGACAAGUCAUGCCCAAGCACAUCCUCCAGCUCUACAACUGAAGACUCUGGGAAGAAGAAAGAAUCACCAUUGGACAGGUCCUCAGAUUUACGUCUGAGGAGAAAUCUGAGCUUUUCUGAGGACUCUGAUCUCUCCUGUGAUGAUGUACUGGAAAGAUCCUCUCAGAAGUCCAAGGGUGAUUCUGUUUAUGUACCUCAUGCACUGGCGUUCAAGAGAUCGUAUGCCACAAAGAAAACAUACACGGAGGAGGAACUCAAUGCCAAGUUAACAAGAAGAGUACAGAAAGCUGCACGGAGGCAGGCCAAGCAAGAGGAGCUCAAGAGACUCCACAGAGCCCAGAUCAUUCAGAGGCAGCUGGAGCAGGUGGAAGAGAAACAGCGGCAGUUAGAGGAGAGAGGUGUGGCUGUGGAAAAGGCGUUGCGAGGGGAAGCAGGGUUGUAUAAAGGUACUAGUGUUAGUCCAAAACAGCGUAAGAGGCGCUCAGACUAUUGGGGAGAGUCUAAUUACAGUGAGAUCCUGGAUUUGCAUCUGGGCGGAAUGGGUAAAAAGGACGAUCCAAAGCUGAUGCAGGAAUGGUUUAAACUGGUCCAGGAGAAGAAUGCCUUGGUGCGCUAUGAAUCGGAGCUGAUGAUAUUUGCUCGUGAGCUGGAGUUGGAGGACAGACAGAGUCGACUGCAGCAGGAGCUCCGAGAACGCAUGGCAGUAGAUGACCAUCUGAAGACCGAGAAGGAACUUGCAGAGGAGAAACGGAUUCUUAAUGAAAUGUUGGAGGUAGUCGAGCAAAGAGAUUCGCUGGUGGCCCUGUUGGAGGAGCAGAGACUCCAGGAGAAAGAAGAGGAUAAGGACCUGGAGGCGGUGAUGCUCUCUAAGGGAUUCAGCCUCAACUGGGCUUAGCAUAACAAACGCUUCUGACUGCCAGACGUUCCCAGUUUCACUGCAGGGAGUGUAAAAAAAUGCAGAAAGAACCAGUCCAUCUUCCCCCUUGUUUAAUUGGGCAUCAAGAACGUUUACAAAUCCACUCAUGAGCACGAUGAUGAUGUUUACGAGUUCUUCUGGCACGACUCAGGGCGUUUCUCUCGCCAGCCAAGGCAUUGGUUUUGUGCAAGACGCUCUCUCAUUCAGAAUGAGUUUUUUUUUUUUUUUUUUGGUUUUGAAAAGGGACAUAUCAAUCCUGCUGAUGUUGAGGAAGUCUGAGACUAAUGAUCUUACAAAAAGCCAGUCUUGUUUUUCAGACAACGUCUGGUUUAAUCACCGGUUACGUUUUCAUGGACUAAAGGUUUUUGGAUAAACGUAUAAGCAACAGACCUCCAUGAAACAGAUGAAUGAAGUCUUUAGGUGUGGUUCACAGAUAAGCAUGUGGUAGACUUCUGUAAUUGUCACAGACAUCCUCAGCGACCGACACGUUGUGUUUGUAGCAUCAACAAUUGCACAAUUUUCAAAUCUGUCAGUAGCCACCUGAUAUUAGAGAUACUGGUGUUUGCAGGGAACGCAACGAUCUCAAUAUUACGCACUUCACUGAUGUUGGUUUCCAUUUGUCUCGAGCGGCAUUGCCACACAUAUAUCCUAAAAUCAGUUUACAAUCAUUUAUAAUCCAUGAAUAUCUGAUACUUGUAUUAUAGUUUACAUAAAGCAGUGGAGUAUAUAUUAGUAUGUAAACUUCCUCAAUGCAGAUAAUUCAUAAGAAUAUCUAUCUACACACAAUAUGCAUUGAUGUACAAUCCAGUGCGUUGGUGCAUUUAUUGGUUGGUAAUUGGAUUUAUGAACAGUUAAGGCACCCACUGCUUUUCUGACUUUAUUUGGUAUCAGAGCAGAUGAAGAAUUGGUGCCCAUUUUCACAUUUAAUUAUCUUCCACCAAGGUUUGGUGUUGUAUUCCACUUUCUCCAGGCUUGGAGCAACAUGCCUUUUUUUAACUUCUCAUGCAACAGCUUUACACAUCCACAGAGUUUUCUUAUGUUUGCAGAGUGUGUUAUUUAUAAUUGUCUUUAUAAAGUUUUAUACCACGAGAAAUCGUUCCAGCACUGUCGACAGACACCGGUGCUGAUUAACAGCGGGAGCACGUUGUCAUGCUCGUAACAUCAAUAUUGCAAAUGAACAUGCCUUUUUCCUAAGUGUACAUUUCAUUUUAGUCACCGUUAUGCUGUAUAGAUGGGCACAGAUUUUUUUGUUGUUGUUUUUAAGUACAGAUAACUGUGAAUGAAAACAUACACAUGGUCAAAGAGUUAUUUAGACUAAAAUGUUUGACAGAUUUUAUGGUAUUUAUUAACAUGUGAAAAAAAUGUAUUAUAUGUAAAGUAAAUGAAUCCUAAUUUUUAAAAAUGUUGUUGGCUCUUGAAAAAGCUUCAUGUUGCUAAUUUGCAUAUUGGGUAUUGGAUGUAUGCAGAGGCAAUAAAACAAUGCAGUUACAAAUGA